CUGUCAAAGUGAAAGGUGGAGUGAAAAGACGAAAACAGAGUUCCAUUCUGUGAUUUUUCCCAAUUAUGAUAGCAAUUUCUCAGAGAACAAUUGCGUUGUGUUGAAGUACAAUGAAUAUUUUUGAGAUCUUGAGGAAUUUCAUUGCGAAAAUGUUACAAAUACUGCUGAACAAGAAGAAAAUCUCGAAUGCCCUCAACGUGUACGUGAAGUGCAGCACGGGCAGCACGUUGUCCCUGGAACUGGACCCCAAUUGGGACAUCAAGAAUGUGAAGGAGAUCAUCGCUCCGCAGCUGGGCUUCUCCUCGCCCGACGAGGUGAAGAUCAUCUUUGCCGGGAAGGAACUGAACGACGCAAUCACCUUGAACGAGUGUGACUUGGGCCAGAAGACCAUCCUGCACGCUGUGAAGAGCAGAAGACAGCCGCUGAAGCGCCCUGGGAAUCCCACAUUGACAGAAGAUGAAGCUGAGGCGGAAGAAACCUAUCGACCCUUGUCUGAGAGUCUGCUGGAGGGCGAAACUGACACCCUGCCGAAUGACCCAGACGACAGUGAGCUCCGGAAGACACCGCAGAAGGCUCAGUUCUUCGUCUACUGCUCGCAGUGCUCGAAACUGUGCGCAGGGAAGCUGCGAGUGCGUUGUGGCACGUGUCGCGGAGGCGCCUUCACUGUCCAUCGCGAUCCUGAGUGUUGGGACGACGUGCUGAAGCCCCAAAAAGUCAGUGGUCACUGUGAGUCUCAGCACAUUCCCUGCGUGGCGAACAUCUCAGAGGGAGAUCCGCCCUUCGCUGAGUUCUACUUCAAGUGCGCCGAACAUCCUUCCCAAGGUGAGGAAGACUACGCAGUGGCACUCAAUCUGGUAAAGGUGAACUCCAGAGAAGUGCCAUGUCUCGCCUGCACAGAGACCACUUCUCCUGUCCUUGUCUUUCCCUGUGAGGCUGGCCACGUGACGUGCCUGGACUGCUUCAGGGACUUCUGCCAGUCUCGCCUCGGCGAGAGGCAGUUCAUCACGACACAGAAUCUGGGAUAUACUCUCUCCUGUCCUGUGGGCUGUGCCGAAUCCUUCAUCGAGGAGACACAUCAUUUCCGAUUACUGCCCAGGAACCUCUAUGAUCGCUACCAGCGCUUCGCCACUGAAGAGUUCGUCCUGCAGCAGGGCGGAGUGCUCUGUCCGCAGCCUGGCUGCGGCAUGGGACUGCUGGUGGAGGAGGAUUGCCGCCGUGUGCAGUGCCAGAAUGGCUGUGGCUACGUAUUUUGCCGCCAAUGCCUCCAGGGAUAUCACUUGGGCGAGUGCAUUCUCGACUCUGCGGCUAGGAUGUCGGAGAAUUUCCAACAAUUCUCCGUAGAUCCAAAUAGAGCGGCCGAAGCAAAGUGGGAUGAGGCGACUAAGACGACGAUCCAGAUCUCCACGAAGCCCUGCCCAAAGUGUCGCACGGCCACAGAGCGGGACGGCGGCUGCAUGCACAUGGUGUGCACGAGGGCGGGAUGCGGCUUCGAGUGGUGUUGGGUCUGCCAGAUUGCCUGGAGUACUGAAUGCAUGGGAGCCCAUUGGUUUGGCUAAGUGACUGAAACUGAUUUGUUUUCUGCAUAGUACUGAGAAAAUUGUAGAUAAAGGAUAAAAGCGAUAAAAGCAAUAUUUAUAAGCGUUGCCAACAAAUUUACUGUGUAUC